AUUUAGACGUGCUCUCUGAUGACAGCUUCAUUCAUCAGGUAACUUUGAUAGGGAGCAUUUGUCGAGCCGUCCGCCGAUACAUCGAUACUCUCGAAGAUGAGACUUCGAUGUUAUAUAUACAUAAUGUUGAUACUCAUGAGGAGUAGCACCAUUGUGUUCGGCGACAAUGCGGAAAGGGUGUACAGCCUCGACGACAAAGUGAAAUGCUGCAGCAGAUGGCUCUCCACGAUCAUCUUCAACUUCUGUAAUAACGCUUACAAGAUUGUCAAAAGAGAAAAAAUGGCGCCUAAAGAUCUACAACAAGACACGACCAAGCAACGGCAUCUCGUUGAAGGAAAAUGGCGGCGUGUUCGUAGACAGGUCGCGAAUGAAUGUUGCUUACGAUCUUGCACUGUCGCUGAGCUCAUCAGGUACUGUCCGAAGGACGCUCCGCUCGUGCAGAAACAUCCUGAACUCUUCGUAUCUCGAGACGUAAAAGUGAAUUCAAGUUCAACUAUGACAAAUCUAAAUUAAACAUCGUCUAUCAAUUGCUCUCGGAUUUUCGCAAAUCAUAAAUAUUUUGGGAAAUUAAUGAAUACAGACAUUUUAAAAUCUCGUGUAACUUCUAUUUCAAUUGUAAAUGCUUUUUUGGUGGGCCAUAAACAACAAUGUAAUUUGAAAAUAAAAAUCAUAAAGAUUUUCAUCAAUCAAACUGAAUAUUAUUUAACCGUGUAAGUACAAUGUACUGAAUAGCAAGGUAUUACUACUAAAUUAAGCUGUAAAUACAAUAUUUAA